GGCCGGAUUAGAGCAGGACCAGGAAGUCAGGAAAGGGACACAAGGGGACGGCGACGUGGCCGCAGCCCCGCGCUGCGUCCGCACCCUGGGGUCAAAGGGGAAUCGGUUCAGAGGGGCCGGGGUACCUGGCGAGGCGAGGCUGGUCACUUGACCUGAAGAAAGCCAGAGAGCUGAGGGCGGGGCCGGGAGUCUGUCGUUGCCCGGGGAGGAUGACAGUCACUGGGGAUCUCGAGUCCCCAACAGCCUCGUUCUCUCUUCCCCUCUCACCCCUACUUUUGGGGCCCCGUUACAGCUCGGACCUAAGGCACAUGCGGAUGACCCGGAGAGUGGAUAAUGUCCAGUUCCUGCCCUUUCUCACCACGGAUGUCAACAACCUGAGCUGGCUGAGUUACGGGACCUUGAAGGGAGACUGGACCCUAAUCGUCGUCAACGCCGUGGGUGCUGUGCUUCAGAGCCUAUACAUCUUGGUGUAUCUGCACUACUGCCCUCGAAAGCAUGCUGUGCUCCUACAGACUGCAGCCCUGCUGGGGGUCCUUCUCCUGGGUUUUGGCUACUUUUGGCUCCUGGUACCCAACGUUGAAGCCAGGCUUCAGCAGCUGGGCCUCUUCUGCAGUGUCUUCACCAUCAGUAUGUACCUCUCACCACUGGCUGACUUGGCCAAAAUCAUUCAGAGUAAAUCGACCCAAAGUCUCUCCUUCUCGCUCACCAUUGCCACCCUCCUCACCUCUGCCUCCUGGACCCUCUAUGGGUUUCGACUCAGCGAUCCCUACAUCAUGGUGCCCAACCUUCCAGGAAUCCUAACCAGCCUCAUUCGCCUCUGGCUUUUCUGGAAGUACCCCCAGGAACAAGACAGGAAUUACCAGCUCCUGCAAACCUGAGGCAGUUCACCUGACCGCGCGGGGCGCCUUAAUGCCAAUCUGUUGCCAAAGAGAACUUUUGUUUCAGCUGUUCCUGCUGACCAGUUCCACAGGUGCCAUGGGUUAGGGGCCAGAACAAGAGACAACUUCGAAUUGAGAGACCAAAGAAAGGGCUUUACUUAGAAGACUGGGUGGGGCCUGGGAGAGGAAACACUUAUUUUUCAGAGAUUAUAUUUUUUUAAUUUUGGGAGUUGGGGGUGAAAUCUUUACAAUGUGCCUUAAAAUAAACUGUUCCCUACCCCUGCCCAUCAGGGCUCUUCAGUGGUUCUCCACCUGCCUGGUUUGGUGAAGGGUAGAGGUGCACUGCCUGAUCCGCAAUUAUUCUGGGGCUGGCUGGGUUGACUCAGAAGAGGAGGAGCGACCUAGGGGUGACCUAGGAAGGCCUUAAAAAGAACAGAGCUUGGAUGUUGUGAGAAAGAACGUUCGUUAAGCUUCAAGUACGUCCUGACAAGGUUAAAAGGACCAGAAAUGUAAAACAAACAAACAAACAAAAAAAA